AUGGACACAAGAACAGCAACAGCUGAGCUGGGCUGGAUAUCAUUCCCUGCAAAUGGAUGGGAGGAGGUGAGUGGCUAUGAUGAGAACCUCAACACCAUCAGGACUUAUCAAGUUUGCAAUGUGUUUGAGCCCAGCCAGAACAACUGGCUCCUCACCACAUACGUUGACAGACGGGCAGCGCUGCGCAUCUAUGUAGAAAUCCGCUUCACUGUACGAGACUGUGCCUCCAUUCCCAGUGUCCUCGGUUCCUGCAAAGAGACGUUCAACCUUUACUACUUGGAAACAGACAGGGCUGUGUCAGAGGCCAUCAGAGGGAUGGAAUACUGGGCAAAUGCCCCCUUCCUAAAGGUGGAUACCAUUGCAGCGGAUGAGAGUUUCUCUCAAGUUGAUUUUGGUGGGAGGUUGAUGAAGGUCAACACAGAAGUUCGAAGUUUUGGACCACUCUCCAAAGGAAAAGGGUUCCAUCUGGCUUUCCAGGAUCUUGGAGCCUGUAUGUCCCUACUUGCUGUCAGGGUUUUCUACAAAAAAUGUCCCAGCAUUGUUCAAAACUUUGCUUACUUCCCAGAGACACUUACUGGAGCAGAAUCCACAUCACUUGUCAUUGCCAGGGGAAAUUGUAUCCCCAACGCAGAGGAAGUAGAUGUACCUAUAAAGCUUUACUGUAACGGUGACGGCGAGUGGAUGGUGCCCAUUGGUAGCUGCAGCUGUAAAGCGGGUUAUGAACCAGACAGUGAUAACCUGUGCCGAGCUUGUCCACAGGGCACCUUUAAAUCAACCCAGGGACCUGGAUUAUGUGCCCAAUGUCCUCUUAAUAGCCGGUCCACCAUUGAGGCGGCUUCCCUCUGUGGUUGUCGGAAUGGUUACUAUCGUGGUGUCCCUUCUGGUCCUCGCAACUUAGUCUCAGUUGUUAACCAGACAUCAGUGCAACUUGAAUGGCAUCCACCACGUGACAUUGGGCAUCGUGAAGACCUGUCCUAUAACGUGUUGUGCCACCGGUGUCACAGCAGUGAGCGACGCGUGUGUCAGCCAUGUGAGGACAGUGUGGCCUAUGUACCAGGCCGGCGGGGUCUAAAAGUAACAAAAGUGGAAAUCAGCAAUCUGCAGGCCCACACAUCAUACACCUUUGACAUUCAGGCAGUCAACGGUGUCUCCAACAAGAGCCCUUAUCCCGCCCAGCAUGUGUCAAUCAACAUUACUACCAACCAAGCUGCUCCUUCAGUUGUUCCUAUCAUGCACCAAGUGAGCUCCACAAGCCGCAGUUUCUCAUUGACGUGGCUGCCUCCUGAACACCCCAAUGGAAUAAUCCUCGACUAUGAGAUACGAUACUAUGAUCAGGGUUCGGAUGAAAAUUCUGUUUCAUCAGUUCAGAGCGAGACCCCAAGUGUGAUUUUGGAAGGGCUGAGGCCGGGAACCGGGUAUGUGGUUCAGGUGAGGGCCCGCACAGUGGCUGGCUAUGGAGCCUACAGCAAAGAGAUGCUAUUCCAAACACUCACUGAUGAUGAGUUCAAAUCAGAGCUAGGACAACAGCUCUCCCUGAUUGCAGGCUCCUUAGUCGGUGGAGUGUGUAUCGUCUCUCUGGUAGCCAUUGCCAUCAUUUUUGUGUUUAGAUGUGAGAGGCUGAUUAGUCACUACAGAAACCGUUUGGUUGAGGUAAUCUCUGCAAAAGGAGGAGUCAAGAUAUACAUUGACCCUUUCACCUAUGAAGACCCCAAUGAGGCUGUCCGAGAGUUUGCCAAGGAAAUUGACCCUUCAUGUGUCAAGAUGGAAGAAGUAAUUGGCUCAGGUGAGUUUGGUGAAGUGUACAAAGGCCGCCUGAAACCUGUAGGGAAAAGAGAAAUUCCUGUUGCCAUUAAGACCCUAAAGGUGGGCUACUCUGAGAGGCAGCGUCGGGACUUUCUUUCUGAGGCCUCGAUCAUGGGCCAGUUCGACCAACCAAACAUCAUUAGGCUGGAAGGAGUGGUGACCAAGAGCAGACCUACAAUGAUCAUAACAGAAUUCAUGGAGAAUGGAGCUCUCGACUCAUUUCUCAGGCAAAAUGAUGGGCAGUUUCCAGUGAUCCAGCUAGUUGGUAUGCUGAGAGGCAUCGCAUCUGGAAUGAGGUACCUGGCGGAGAUGAGUUACGUUCAUAGAGACCUGGCUGCUCGGAACAUCCUAGUUAACAGUAACUUGGUGUGUAAGGUGUCUGACUUUGGCUUAUCUCGGUAUCUGGAGGAGGAUACUUCGGAUCCUACUUACACAAGCUCACUGGGUGGUAAAAUCCCAGUACGGUGGACAGCCCCAGAAGCGAUCGCCUAUAGGAAGUUCACGUCAGCCUCAGAUGUUUGGAGCUAUGGGAUUCUCACCUGGGAGGUGAUGUCAUACGGAGAAAGGCCUUACUGGGAUAUGAGUAAUCAAGAUGUGAUAAAUGCCAUUGAGCAGAACUUCCGGCUGCCAGCUCCCAUGGAUUGUCCAACUGUUCUCCAUCAGCUGAUGUUGGACUGCUGGCAAAAAGACAGAAACGCUCGACCAAAGUUCCCCGAUGUUGUCAACAUGUUGGACAAAAUGAUUCGCAAUCCUGCAUCCCUCAAAGCUGGCACCAGCACUUCACAUCUCUCCCCCACCAGUCCUUCCCAUCAUCCUUUGUUAGAUCGCGGUGCUCCAGAUCUGAGCCGUUUAAACUCUGUGGAGGAAUGGCUGGCUGCACUUAAGAUGACUCAGUACAGAGAUUCCUUCCUGCGAUCAGGCUUUACCUCUUUGCCACUCGUCACUCAGAUCACUGCAGAAGAUCUCCAGAGGAUCGGAGUGUCUCUAGCUGGACACCAGAAGAAAAUCCUUACAAGUGUUCAAUCAAUGAGGCAUCAUAUCGAUGACCAGUCUCCGACUGAAUCUGUAUAA